UUAAAGAAAAAAACAUGGACAUAAAAACAAAACACAGAAAUUAAUCACAUAUGGUCUCCUUUUGAGAAAAUCCUGAAAUAAGACCACUACUUUCUUGAGCGCAGGGAAUAUCUCAGCAAAACCCUAGGGAGCGUGUAUGAAGAGCAUCAUCCCUCAGGGACAGAAUGACUUCGUCUGCUGCGAAGACCAUGAAGACUCAGAAGAAGACCAACGCUUAUGCGGCAGUGAAGGUGGACCCAGACAGCGACUAUGUGACGCCAGGAGUCUUUGAGCUCGAGAAGAUCUUCUGGCGCGGUUCUGGCGCCGCCUACACGCAUGUCAAUGAGGUGUGGCCCAACGUCUUCAUCGGAGAUGAGAAGACCGCUCUGGAGCGCCACAAUCUGGAGAAAAUGGGUAUGACGCACAUCCUGAACGCUGCUGAAGGGAAGUGGAACAACGUGGCCACAGGCCCUGAUUACUACAGUGGCAUGAACAUAGAUUACUAUGGAGUCGAAGCAGAGGACGUCCCCACUUUCAACCUCAGCGAGUUCUUCUAUCCUGCAGCUAAAUUCAUUGACCACGCCCUCAGUAACCCAAACAAUAAGCUGCUGGUGCACUGUGUCAUGGGGCGGAGUCGUUCAGCCACGCUCUUUCUGGCCUACCUCAUGAUUUACAAGAAGAUGACAGUGGUGGAGGCCAUAGAGCAUGUGAAGGAGCGGAGGUGCAUCCUACCAAACCGGGGCUUCUUAAAACAGCUGCGACAACUGGACAUUGAACUCCAAGUGCAGAAACACCGCUUAAGAAACGGAGACAGCGGUAACGCAGAGAAAGAAAGCAGUGAAAUAUAACAACAAUAAUAAUAACAAUGAGACCAAAUGAUUUCUAGGGAAUGUAACAUUAUUAAAAAUUUUCCAGGGCAAGAUAUGCUGUUUAUUAAUAAGGACGCUUAAAUACUGAUUUUUUAAAAAAAUAAAAUAUUCUGUUAACACUACUAUCUUCAGCUGAUUUAGCAACUUCAUCUUCAUCAGAAUUUUGAAGUACAGACUUAAUUUUUGCAGUUUGGCAAACAGACACAUAUGUACUCACACACACAGAACACGCAUUCUCUCACACAAAAAAUGCAAACUCACACAUAUUUACACAUCUGCACACAAGCACGACAAGCACACUUGUACAUAAAUGUGGAGGAGGUUCAGAAGUUGACAGGGUUCGUUUCUUCCUCAUCUCAGGCAGAAUUAUUUCUUUCUA